AGGUGUAUUAUAGAAGAUUAAAUAAAAUAAAUAAUUUGUCAAAAAAAUUUAGUAAAAGAAAAUUAGCAAAUGAAAAAGUAUAUCUUUACAAAUUUCCUUCUCUGCCUUUUAAUUAGCUACCUUCAGGGCUAAAGAUUAUCUGACCCACUAUAGGGUGAUCUUUUAUAGACAGGAGAGAUUAUUUUAAGAUAGGUCAAAUAAAAUACUACUGUUGAUAUAAUAUAUCAACAAAAAAUUGUUUAAUAAGAUUAUAAUGUGGUUCUAUCUCUAAAAAGAGUUGAAUAUCAAGAGAUAUGUUAGGGUUAAUAUUAAUUUGAGAUGAGCGUAUUGUUAAAAUAGGAAGAUAAAUUUGUUUUAAAAAUUUAGAAUUAUGAUUGUUUAAGAAAAGUUGAAUUAUAAUGGUUUGCUCACACUUAUCAAGCGAACAGCGUUAAUGAGACUGCAUAUUUUAGAGAACAAAUAUAUCAAAAAAAUAUGGCUAUAAAAGGUAAUAGAACAAUUUCUCAAGAAUAUCUAUUUGAUAUAAAGAAGAAUAAUAGAGAUAUAUUGCCUCUGUUUACUGGAUUUUAGUUGUAUCCCAAAACAAGAAUAGAGUUAAUAACUAAUAGAAUAUUUGAUCGAAUAACUUCUAAAGUAAUAUAGACUAACCUAAAUAUCUAUGACUAUAGUGAGACAUAAAAUAAGACUUCAAAAUAGGUGAAAUUUACAAUGUCUUUUAUAAUCGCUCAUCCUAGCUUAUUUAGUUGUUAAAAGAGAUUAAAUACUUCUGAAAGUUUAGCAGAAAAUGCUUUGGUAUUAUAAAACAUUGAAUAUUUAGAUACUACUUAAGGUAGUUAAGAAGGAAACAAAUUAGUUUGUUAUUUUAAGUAAUAUAAUAGCUCUUAACAAUAGUAAUUACAAUCGUAAUUCACUCCACUUAAAAAUCCUAUUUAAUAUUACAUAAAUGGAAAAUUUUAAGAGAAAGACAAUGAAUCAAAUGAAGAUAACCAAAAUAAUGAAAAUGAAAACAAUCAAAAUGAAAAAGAAAAUGAUAAUAUACCUGAAAUCGAAAAGUAAGAAAAAAACAAAUUAGAUUAAAACGAUUAUUUUGAGUUAUUUUAAACUCUUAUUAUUAUAGUAGCAAUUUUAACUCUUCUAUCAGGAAUAAUAUAUAAAAUAUGCAAAGAGAGUCAAAAAAGCACUUAAUAAUUUAAUCAUUUAUAAGAUAUUCCAUAAUAUUAAGUACCUCAUCAUCAUGUAGAGUUAUAGGAAGAGUGA